GCAGCGGCGGGGCCUGGAGCCGGAUCUAAGAUGGCAGCGGCGGCGGCGGCGGCGGGGCCGGGCGCCGGCGGCGCGGGGGUGGCGGUCCCGAGCGGCACGGGGCCCUGCGCGGCCGUGUCCGUGUUCCCCGGCGCCCGCCUCCUCACCAUCGGCGACGCGAACGGCGAGAUCCAGCGGCACGCGGAGCAGCAGGCGCUGCGCCUCGAGGUGCGCGCCGGCCCGGACGCGGCGGGCAUCGCUCUCUACAGCCAUGAAGAUGUGUGUGUGUUUAAAUGCUCGGUGUCCCGAGAGACGGAGUGCAGCCGUGUGGGCAAGCAGUCCUUCAUCAUCACCCUGGGCUGCAACAGCGUCCUCAUCCAGUUCGCCACGCCAAACGAUUUCUGUUCCUUCUACAACAUCCUGAAAACCUGCCGGGGCCAUACCCUGGAGCGGUCGGUGUUCAGCGAGCGCACCGAGGAGUCCUCCGCUGUGCAGUAUUUCCAGUUUUAUGGCUACCUGUCCCAGCAGCAAAAUAUGAUGCAGGACUAUGUGCGGACAGGCACGUACCAGCGCGCCAUCUUGCAGAACCACACAGACUUCAAGGACAAGAUUGUUCUUGACGUCGGCUGUGGCUCUGGGAUCCUGUCGUUUUUCGCUGCCCAAGCUGGAGCAAGGAAGAUCUAUGCGGUGGAGGCCAGCACCAUGGCCCAGCAUGCCGAGGUGUUGGUGAAGAGCAACAACCUCACCGAGCGCAUCGUGGUCGUCCCUGGGAAGGUGGAGGAGGUCUCGCUCCCUGAGCAGGUGGACAUCAUCAUCUCCGAGCCCAUGGGCUACAUGCUGUUCAACGAGCGCAUGCUAGAGAGCUACCUCCAUGCCAAGAAGUACCUGCGGCCUGGCGGAAACAUGUUCCCCACCAUUGGUGACGUCCACCUCGCACCCUUCACGGAUGAACAGCUCUACAUGGAGCAGUUCACCAAGGCCAACUUCUGGUACCAGCCGUCCUUCCACGGAGUGGACCUGUCGGCCCUCCGAGGCGCUGCAGUGGACGAGUAUUUCCGGCAGCCUGUGGUGGACACAUUUGACAUCCGGAUCCUGAUGGCCAAGUCUGUCAAGUACACAGUGAACUUCCUAGAAGCCAAAGAAGGAGAUUUGCACAGGAUAGAAAUCCCAUUCAAAUUCCACAUGCUGCAUUCGGGGCUAGUUCACGGCCUGGCUUUCUGGUUUGAUGUCGCUUUCAUCGGCUCCAUAAUGACUGUAUGGCUCUCCACGGCCCCAACGGAGCCCCUGACCCACUGGUACCAGGUCCGGUGUCUGUUCCAGUCACCACUGUUUGCCAAGGCUGGGGACACGCUCUCAGGGACAUGUCUGCUGAUUGCCAACAAAAGACAGAGCUAUGACAUCAGUAUUGUGGCCCAGGUCGACCAGACGGGCUCCAAAUCCAGUAACCUCCUGGACCUGAAAAACCCCUUCUUCAGAUACACGGGCACGACCCCCUCUCCACCCCCGGGCUCCCACUACACAUCCCCCUCGGAAAACAUGUGGAACACGGGCAGCACCUACAACCUCAGCAGUGGGAUGGCCGUGGCUGGGAUGCCGACGGCCUAUGACCUGAGCAGUGUUAUUGCCGGCGGCUCCAGCGUGGGUCACAACAACCUGAUCCCGCUAGCCAACACGGGGAUUGUCAAUCACACCCACUCCCGGAUGGGCUCCAUAAUGAGCACGGGGAUUGUCCAAGGGUCCUCAGGCGCCCAGGGCAGCAGUGGCGGCGGCUCCAGUGCCCACUACGCGGUCAACAGCCAGUUCACCAUGGGCGGCCCCGCCAUCUCCAUGGCCUCCCCCAUGUCCAUCCCGACCAACACCAUGCACUACGGGAGCUAGGCCCCUCCGGCGUGGAACGGACUGACAGCACCAGGAAACCAAAUGAAGACCCUGCCCGCCCCACCCCUCCGCCCGGGUGGCUCUCACCCUGUACUGGAGGAGCCCCGACACCUGGGCACAGCCCUCUUUGCUAUGGGAACUUGGACACUUUUUUACACCACGUUGCCGCCGCUGCCCCCACCCCACUGCCCACCCACCUCUUGGCCCUGAGCGCGUGUCGCUGCCAUAUUUUACAUGAGAUCAUAUUGUGGGAGCCAUUUCCCCUCCUGUCCCCUCCACCCUGACCUGGGUUUGACAUCCUCUGUAACAGGCGUGUCUGGGCUUGACAGCUGCAGGCCUGGCGGGGAGGGUGGCGGAGCGGCUGCUGCCCUGCCCCGUCCCUCGGUGCCUGCCCCCCUGCCCCUCUCCAGUGGGCAGGCAGUCCUGGCUGGGCGGGGCCUCCCCUUCUAAGACCAGGCCUUGGUCACAAUGGGCGUGACAUGCUGCUUUUUUUAAUUUUAUUUUUUUACGAAAAGAACCAGUGUCAAUCCACAGACCUUCUGAGCAACCAGGCCGGCCGGGCCGAGCCAGCAGCCCCUCUCCCCGACUCAGAGGUUAGUGGCGAGGGGUGGCCCUGCCAGUCUCAGGACAGGCGGGGCCGGGCCUGUGGAGCCCGGUGGCCCCUCCCACCAAAGGGUUCACCUCACACUUGAAUGUACAACCCACCCCACUGUCGGGAAGGCCCUCCUUCCGGCCCCUGCCUCUUGCUGCUGUCCUGCCCCUGAGCCCCUGCAGGGCCCCCUCCCAGACCCCUGCCAAGAGCUAGAAUAGGCGGCCCCACGGGCCCCAGAGGGAAGGGGCCUGUCCGCUUGGGGCGGACGCAAGCCUCAAGGACCUGUCGUGGAAGGCGUCCUUUUUCUUUGUAGCCAACAUCAGGCCUGUCUGUUUCCCCCUUGGUAUCUGUAGACGCUCCAGUCCCUACCGCCAUGACGGCAUUUUGGUCCCUCCCCAGGGUGGGAAGGGGCCUUGCAGGGACCUCUCCCUCCAAAAAAAAAAAAAAAUCUGAAAAAAAAAA